AUGCGGACAGAGGAGACAAGAGGCAUGAAGCAGAGGAUUUGUCAACCAUCGAUCUGGACUGACCCGCAGACACAGACACAGUACACCGGGAAAGCACCAGGAUCAUUCACACCACAAGAAGCACAGCAUAUCCUCAAUCUUUACAAGGACGACUGUAUCAAAGACUUGAAAGGCGCCACACUGGCGGCUACCGGCGCGAACCUCGAAGAAUUCGGCAUCGACGAGACCAUCGUUACGCAGGCGCACGAUCUACCUGGAGAUAGAUCGUGGUUUGAGAAGAUCAGUGACAACUGGAAGGACGCUGUCAGAGAUGCACCGGUGGACAGCAGCAUCGAUCUCAGCAUUAUCGAGGAAACCCCACCCUGGCGCCAAGUGAGCUUCCCGCCGGCGCGUACGAAAGGCCGUAUCACCCUGCCGACAUCGCUCUUAUCUUCCCGGCCUGCCGACGUAUAA